AUAGUUUAGUUACGAUUUCGAAAACGACCCGACGCGUUCCGCCGCCGGCGACAACCCAACCGAUCUCUGUCACGAUUCUAUACUAUAACCUUCGUCAAGUUCUCGAACGUAAACUUAACGUGCCUAUCGAAGACCAUUUAGUGCUUGUGAUUUGACUGUUGUGCACCUAAAUAUAUAUAUAUAUAUAUAUUAUUGGAUUUAUUUACCCUCUCAACUGGUCAGGUUCUGAGGGGUAAGGUCAGUAUUCCAAGCGUAAUGACCUGUAGUUAGCGCAAUGGGGGUCACCGACGACUUUGCCCCGAGCUUCACGCAGAAGCCGCAACUGCGGCAAGAGGACGAUGGGAACAAGCUGGUUUUCGAAUGUCAGCUACUCGCGUCGCCCAAGCCAGAGAUCAGCUGGUUCAGAAGCGAUGAACAGCUCCAAGAGGACAACAGAACUAAAUUUAAGAUCCAAAGCAUCGCCAACAACAAAUUCCUGGUGGUGCUCGAAUUGGAUGAUGUGAUCGAGACCGAUGCGGGGCUUUACAAAGUUAAGGCCAAAAAUAAGAUGGGCGAGGUGGCCGCAUCCAUCAACCUUAAUUUUAGCCCCGCUGACGAAGAGAAACAGAAACAACCGGACGGUAAAGCGCCAACGUUCGCGCGUAAACCGGCCAUCAGACAAGAAGACGAUGGCAAACGGUUGAUAUUCGAGUGCCGCAUUGAGGCUGAGCCUGUACCCGGCGUGACCUGGUUCCACAAUGCCGUGGAAGUAAAACCCGGAGCAAGACAUAAGUUGACAGUAAGCAAGGAAGGCAAAUCGUACUAUGCCUCGUUGGAAAUCAACAAUGUAACCGUUGAAGAUGCCGGGAAGUACAAGGUUACAGCUAAAAACGAACUCGGCGAAAGCAACGCCACGAUCAGCUUAAAUUUCGACAGCGACGAAGCGCCCGUACCUGAGGACUUUAUCAAACCAACGUUCACGGAAAGACCGGUCAUCAGGCAAUCGGACGAUGGUACCAAAAUCACAUUCGAAUGCAGAUGUGUUGGCAAACCGAAACCAACCAUAGCCUGGUACCAUGGCAAAAAAAUGAUAAAAGAAAGUAGCAGAUAUAAAAUAACGUUAGAAGAGGAUCAAACUCUGUAUCACAUGGCACGACUCGAAAUCAUAGGCGUAGAGAAUUCGGACAGGGGAGAAUAUAGGGCUUUAGCGAAAAACAAGCAUGGUGAAGGUGUAGCGAAAAUAAAUCUAAAUUUCGAAGGAGGAGAUAAACCUAAAAUCCCCGAUGGUAAAGCACCAAGGUUCCCUAAAAAGCCUACGAUAAGACAAGAAGGGGACUUAUUGAUAAUGGAAUGUGUGCUUGAGGCUUAUCCAGUCCCAGACAUCACAUGGUUUCAUGGAGACAGAGAAAUUAAAGACGGUCCAAAAAUGAAGAUGUCUAGAAAAGCAACUGGAAAAGAUACAUUUAAUUUAACACUAGAAAUUUUGAGUCCUUCUAAAGAAGACGGGGGAAACUAUAGGUGUAAUGCCUUCAACUUGUUUGGUGAGAGCAAUGCCAACAUUGCUCUAAAUUUCCAAGGUGGGGAUGAUGAGAACGGUUUCGCACCGUCGUUCGUGGAGAAACCCCGAAUCAUUCCCAAUGAAGAUGGUACACUCAUUACGAUGCGUUGUGUCUGCAAAGCCAAGCCGGCGGCCGAAGUAUCGUGGUACAGGGGCACGACGGUCAUCAAGGCUAGUAGUAAAAUUGAAAUCAAAUCUAGUAAAAUUGAAGAGGAUGUUUAUGAACUGUUCUUGCUUUUAACAAAUCCGACGGCAGCGGAUGGUGGCGCUUACCGCUGUCAUGUCAAGAAUGAAUUUGGUGAAAGCAAUGCUAAUAUCAAUUUGAACAUCGAAGCCGAACCCGAACCGGAGGGAGAAGGCCCGACGUUUGUCGAGAAACCUACCAUUCAGUCCAAAGACAACGGCAAAUUAGUCAUAAUGGGAUGCAAGGUCAAAGCUAGCCCGAGACCGACUAUCGUGUGGUACCACGAGGGUAAAGAAAUCAAGGAAUCAUCGAAAAUUAAGACCAGGAUUGAAGUACAUGAAGACAUUUACACAAUUAUCCUAGAACUUAUCGAUCCUGGCAUCGAAGACUCCGGAUUGUAUAAAUGCAAUAUCAAAAAUGAACUUGGAGAGCUCAAUGCGAAUUUAACGCUCAAUAUUGAAAUCAUUCCAGUUAUCAAGGAAAAGCCAAAGAUCAUUAAGAUAGUUAAGAAGAAGACUGUUAUUGUUGAAUGUAAAGUAUUAAGUAAAUUUGCACCUCAAUGUACUUGGUUCAAAGAAGCCAGUGCUGUCAAAGAAGACUCUAGGCAUACUGUGCUAAUUGAACCUGUGAGAGAGGGUGAAUUCGCAGUCAAAUUGGAAAUCUCAAACGUUUCACAAACCGACAAGGGUUCGUAUAAACUCGUUGCUAAGAACGAGAAAGGUGAGGCCACAUCGCAACAAGUUGAAAUCACAGAGAUUCCUGAGGAGAAAGGAGAAAAGCCUCAUAUCAUCAAACACCUCAGGAGCUUGGCUAGAAAAGAAAACGAGGAAGCUGAAUUUAUCGCCGUCCUCAAAACAUCAGAUCAGUCAUGUCGAUGCACUUGGUACAAAAACUCCACCGUCAUCAGAGAUACAUCUGAAGUGAACACAUCUUUUGAUGGUACCAACGCUAGACUCAUCAUUAGAAAGGUUUCUUCGAAAUACGUUGCCAACUACAGAGUUGUGAUUAAGAACGAAUACGGCGAAGACGAAUCUAGCGCAGAUUUGACUAUUGUUGAUGAAAAGAAAAAGAAAAAGGAGGAGGAAGAAGAAGAAAUCACUGUUAUCGAAGAGUCUGAAGAAGAAAUGUCGAUCGUGGAAGAGAAAUCAAUAAUUGAAGAAAACCACGUAGAUGAAAAGAAAAAGAACGAAGAAAUAAGAAAGAAAGAAGAAGAAAAAACGACAAUUGAAGAAAAGAAAACGGCAUCCAAAAAAGUGACUAAGAAAGGACAAAUUACAAUAGAAAAUAACCAAGAGGAAAUGGAGAUUGAAUCUAAAAAGGCUGACUCUAAAGUUGAAUCCAAGAAAAUUGAGACCAAAAAGGAAGAAAUAAGAAAAGCAGAAUUAGAAGCCGAAGAGGCCAAAAAAAAUAUCGAAAAGAAAACAAACAAGACUGAGGAAGAGAAGAAAGCUCUACUUGAAAAACUUGAGAAAAAGAAGCCUGAACCUGAGCCUGAGAAAAAGAUUGAAGGUAUUCCUAAGCUGAAAUCGGUGAAACCCAAGGAAGAACCUGUCGAAACCAAAAAGGAGGUAUCUAAAAAAUCCACAGAAGAAAAGAAAAAAGUGGUUAAAAAGAAGGUUGUUGCUAAAAAAGAGGAGGAUGAAAUCGAGUUCGUCGAUGAUUACGAGCGUCCAGUUCUGGAGAAAUAUGAAAAGAUUACACCGACCCCUCUUGCUAAAAAAGCAAAACAGGAUGACACACCAAAGGGUAAACGCGCAUCAGUUUCGGAAAGCGUUAAAAGUGAACAAUUCAGUGAAGAUGAACCUUCUAUUGCUGAACCGACCCCUGAGAAAAAAACCAAGGUUGAAUUUAACGAUAAGGUCGACGAAGACAAGGCUGAGCCUAGGAGAUCAAGUAUUAAAAAAGGCAUUCCCAAACCAGAGGAGCCGGUAGAUGAACUAACAAACAUCAAAUUAUCAAAAAAACCAUCUAAACAAAUCGAGGAACCGCUUGAAGAACCACAAGUAGCUAAAACAAAAAAACCAGUCCGAAAGCCGGGUGACACUGACGAAUUCAUUGACGAUUACGAACGGCCAGAGUUGGAGAAAUACGAUAAACUGACGCCAACUCCUUUAGAUAAAACCAAAAAAGUGAACGGAGUUGAUGAGGCUGAUUCGAAAUUCGUGGACGAUUACGAAAAGCCCGAACUUGAGAAAUACGAAAAAGUAGCACCAACACCCAAAGACAAACGUCGAACUAGUGAUACACAGGACGAUGUGGAUAUGAUGAAGGGUAAAAUUAAACCAAAAGAGAAAGAAGAAGAACCGGAAAUGCCUACACUACGCAAACGUCCUGUCCAAAAAGACAAGGAGCAAGAACCAAAACCAGAGGAGAAACCUAAAACAAAAUCCAUUAAAAAGGAUGAACCGGAAACCAAAAAACGACCCUCACUCAAAAAGAAGGAGGUUGUCGAGGAAGAGUUCGUCGACGAUUACGAAAGACCAGUCCUCGAGAAAUACGAGAAAAUCACACCCACACCACUCGAGAAAAAGAAAAAGGAGGAUAAGAAAGCAGAAGAAGAAACACAGUCCACCACGGCAACUAGGCGACGUUCUGUCAAAGACAAAGAGAGUGCUAAACCAGAGGAGGACAAAAAACCAGAUGAAGAAACGCCUUCCGCAACAGCGACUAGGCGGCGAUCUGUCAAAGACAAAGACAAUGACAAACCAGAGCCUAUGGAUGUUGAUGAAAACUUCAGCAUUACCAAACCUAAGACUCCGGCUAAGCCUGGACAAGAACCUGAAACAUCACUUACACACAAAACACCGGCUGAAAUUAAGCCUACGGAAGACGAGGCUGAAGCCAAACUCCACGUUAAGAAACCAGAGAUCAUUGAAGAAAAAACACUUAAGAGACCUUCACCUAAAGAUAAAGAACCUAAGGAAGACGACACAGAGGAGGCUGUCAGUCUCAGCAAACCGCGCAAAAAGACAAGCACGACUGCUCCCGAAGAGGCGCAGCUCACACAAAAGACUCCUGCUAAGAAAAAACUAACGGAGGGUGCUGAAGCAGCAACGUUAAAGGUCAAAAAACCUGCUGUUGUCAAGAAAGAUGACGACCAAGAGGAGAUACCGAAGGUACAAGGUGGUAAAUUCGAAAUGCCACAACUUAAGAAAACGGUCAAGAAGAAAACAGAUGAGCCUAAAAAAGCUACUGUUGAUGGCAAACUCAAUUCUGAUGGGUAUGAGCUUGACUUUGUGGAUGACUAUGAGAGGCCUGUACUGGAGAAAUAUGAAAAGAUUAGCCCGACACCGAUUGUCAGGGAGAAGAAAGAAAAAGAAACCAAGACUGAAAGCAGAAGAACUUCGAUUCAAAGCGAGGUUAAGGAAGAAACAAAAUCAGAAAGUCGAAGAAGUUCUAUCAUCGAAAACAAAGCUGUUAAGCUCACAAAAGAAACUGCCGAAUCUAGAAAAUCUUCUAUUUCUUCUGUGGCUGAACAACAAGAAGUUUCUACACUGAAAAAAUCUUCAGCGCAAAGGACGAGCAUUAAAGCAGCAGAAGCCAGUGAAGUGGAGCAAAUAAAACUAAAAGAUGACGUUACAAUGAGAGUUGAAGAAAAGACAGAAUCUGAUGAUAAACCUACAGAUAAAACAUAUCCAUGGCGACGCACAAAAACAGACACACAGGAACCGAAAGAAGAUAUUGAACCGAAACCUAAAGAGAGCUUAGAGAGUCAAGAGCAAGUCCCGAAACGCCGACAAAGUAAAACGGAGGAAAACGAAACAGUUGAAGAAGUCGAAAAGCCUAAGCCAAAACGAAAAUUAUCCACGCAACGUGUGCGUCCCAAAAAUUGUUCAAAGAAAGCAAACGAGGAAAACGAGAGUAUUGAGGAGAUAGAAGUCACAGAGAAAGCUACUAAGCCAGAAGAGUUAAUUGACAAACAGACAGAUACAAAACCUACACGUAAACCUAGUGCAACCGAUGAGAACAAAGAAAAUAUACCAGAAAACAAACUAACUGAAAAAACAGAUGUAAAACGUCAAGUUUCUAUUGAUGAACCGUUAGAAACUGCUUCCUCUUCACGUUUACCGAGUCAAGUUGCUGAGGAUGGCGAUGAUAAGAUAGUUGAACAUAAGCAAUCAAAAAGGCGUGUUUCAGUAGAUAGACCGACAGAGCCAACCUAUCCUUGGCGUCGACCCAGUAGGGCUGAUGAGGAUUACGAGAUGACAGAUAUUAGUAAUCGACAAGAACCAAAGACUCUUAUUGAAUCUAAUGAUUUCCAAACACCUUCAGAUGAACUUAUUAAAACUGAGGAAGAGAAAAACAGACCCGAAUUAUCUGAAAAACCGAAAGAUGAAAUAAAAGAGUCGAUUGAACAACCUAAAUAUCCUUGGCAACGACCCAAAAAAGCUGUCGAGGUAAAGAAAGAAACAGAGGCUACUGACAAAUCAAACGACGAAAAGAAAUCGCCAAGUCAGCCAAAGUACCCGUGGCAAAAGCCCAAGAAAGUUGACGAGGAGCCGGAAGCUACUAAACAAGUACCACAAACAAAAACAGACGUCACAGAAAAUACGAAGGAGCAAAACGGCACACUCAAAACAGACAAAGACAAACACUUGAAACCUUCACAAUUACCAUUCUACAUGAGACGAAAGUCACAAACAGAGGAAACUGAGGCACCUUUCCUUAAAAAAAUUGAACCUAAAAAGGAAGGUUUAGAUGACCAGAAGCCUCAAGUGGAUAAUGAUAAAAUUCCCGAGAAAAUACAAGUAGAAUUAGAUUCUACAGAUAUAAAGGAACCUGACACUCAAUACAAAACUGACACUGUACAAGACAGACAAUCACCAUAUCCGUGGAGGAAACAACACACAGAGGAACCAACAGUUGCUCCUCCGGAGCCACAAACGAAAAAGGACGUUCCAGAAGUAACAUUCUCUUGGCAAGUCAUCCCCGAAAUACCCCAGGCCGAACAAGCACCGGAAUUAGAGGAUAAAAUUAAACCUAAACUAGUCGAUACACCAGAAAUCACAGCGCCAUGGAGAAGACCACGUUCGCCACAGGGUGAUGCCACAGAUGGAAAAGACGAACCUAAGCCAGCUACAUUAGGAAUACCACAGGCUGCUUUUAUCAGCAGUCCCGACCUAACACCUAAUGAGAAAGUGGCUGUAAAAGAAGAAAAAAUCGAGGAAGAAGCAAAGAAGGCUAAGUUGUCAUCUGUCAAAAAGAAGGCCGAAGAACUUCCCGAAAUUCCAGAUUACGAGAGACCUGAUCUUGAACAAUACGAAAAAAUUUCGCCGACACCAACUACAAGAGACAAACCGGACAAAGAUAAGCCGGUUCCUAAGGUACCUGAAAUAAAGGCACCUGAAGAGAAGCCAGCUGCACCCAAAAUUGAGGUUAUCCGUGAGAAAUCGCCGAAACCAGAAAUGCCCAGGAAACCGUCAUUGGUGCCGGGCGCCCCAGUGGGUAGACGUGGUUCCCUAAUUCCUCCACCCGAGGAAAUGGGAAGACGUCCUUCUCUCAUUAUAAGCGACGAGGUCACCAAAUUGCGUCCUGGAGAAGUUAUAGACGACAAAAAGAAACGCGGCAGGCCGGGUGAAGUCACAGACGAGCGGCGAAAGUCCGGAGAUGCAAGAAGGCCUUCACUACAAGAACUGGAGGACCUGAUUAACAAGCCUUCAAUACCAUUGAAGCCUAUCGGAAAUGGAGGUCCGCCAGCCAUUGUUAUGGUAGAAGAAAAUUACUCUGCUAUUGAAGAUCAAACUGGCUACAUCACCAUACAAGUCGAAGGCAACCCGGCGCCAACGUUCAAGUUCUACAAGGGAGUAUCUGAAAUCAUUGAGGGAGGACGUUUCAAGUUUGUUACGGACGGUGAAACCGGUCUUAUUACUUUGUGCAUAAGGAAAGUGAAGCCCCACGAUGAAGGAAAAUACAAAGCUGUCGUCAGCAACAUCCAUGGCGAGGAUAGUGCUGAGAUGCAAUUUUAUGUAUCUGAUGCCAGUGGUAUGGACUUCCGAGCCAUGCUUAAAAGAAGAAAGUACGCUAAAUGGGGAGAAAAGAAAGAAGAUCCAGAUUGGGGAGAUCUCAAAGAAACUGAGAAACCUAUCCCCCCCCUCAAAAAAGUGGAAAAGAAACAAGAGUCGUUCUUGAAGCCACUCGUGGAUCAAAAUGUUAAGGAGGGCAAGGAUAAGAAGGUGGUCUUCGAAGCCAUCUUCACUAAGCCUAAUUCGAAACCGAAAUGGUUGUUCCGUAAAGACGAAUUAUUCCCUAGUACAAAAUAUAAGAUAGUAAACGAACAAGAUUCCUACAAACUCAUUAUCAUGAAUCCUAAAGUUGACGAUACUGGAAAGAUCACAUUGGAAAUCGGCGGCGUUUCAUGCUCUGCCUUCCUGCACGUUGAUGAACCGGACCCCACUUAUACCUUCACGAAACCUUUGAAAAAGAACACCAGUGGCUACACUAAGCACGAAGUGUUACUUGAGUGUGCCGUAUCCAACAGUUUGGCUAUCGUUUCCUGGUGGAAAGGAGACCAGAAACUGGAAGACGGUGACGAGUACCAAAUCUCAAAGGACUUGUCCGGUGUCUGCAAGCUUAUCAUCAAAAAUGCCAAGUUCGAUCAUGCUGGCAAAUACACUUGCAGGAUUGAGAAGCAACCAGACAAAACGGAGACUGAUGUCAAGAUCGUAGAAUACCCAUACAAAUUCACCAAGGUAUUAAAAUCACAACAAGCCAUCGAAAAGGACACCAUCACGCUGCUCUGUGAGCUAGAUGACGCGAGUGGUGAUGUGAAAUGGUUCAAGAACAAUGAGCCUCUGAAACCAGACAAGCGAAUUUCAAUUGUGAAAGAAGGUCGCAAGCGGAAGGUUAUCAUAAAGGACGCCAAGGUCACAGACGCUGGACACUUCAAGUGUACCACUAACGCUGACGAGACUCAGUGCGAACUUAUUGUCAAUUACGCGAAUCGGUUCAACAAGAAGCUGAAAGACACAGAAGCUAUUGAGAGAGAUAGGGUCGUCCUCGAAGUCGAGCUGCAAGAUCAAACAGCAGAAGCAGUUUGGUCGUUCAACGGACAACCAAUCGUACCCAAUGAGAGAAUUGAAAUAAAAAAUCUGGGCGGUGGCAAACACCAACUAAUCUUCAACAAACUAGAGAUGGAAGACGACGGUGAAAUCUUGUGCGAAUCUGGCAAGCUGACCUCUUCUUGUAAAUUGACUGUGAAGAAGGGUGAAUCCAAACCUGCCAUCGAAUGUCCUGAUGAAUUCAAUGGUCCUGCUGGACAUCCCUUCGUCAUUGAGGUGCCUUAUAAAGUUACUGGUACCCGACAAACACCAAUUGAAGCGAAAUUAUGGAAAGACGGAAAAGCCUUACCAGCCAAAGAAGUCGAGGUUGUUGUUGAACAAGAAAAGGUUCUCUUCAAAUUUAAGAAGCCGUCACGCGAAGGAUCAGGAAAAUACCAGAUCAAAUUGUCGAACGCCCAGGGUGAAGACUCUAAAGAUGUUAAUAUCACCAUGCAGAGCGCGCCUACAGCUCCGCAAGAUGUAGAAGUGUCAGAGGUCUUCCAAACUUCUUGCGUUGUCGCGUGGAAAACGCCACAGGAUGACGGUGGUUCACCAAUCAUCAAAUACGUUAUCGAGAGACAGGAUAUGUCUCUCAAAGCCGGUUGGGACAAUGUGGCUGAAGUACCAUACGGUGAACCAACUAAGUUCAAGGUAGAAGACCUCAUCCCCAAGAAGACGUACAAAUUUAGAAUCCGUGCUGUUAACAAGAUCGGUUCAAGCGAACCCGGUCUCUUCUCCAAACCCGUUUUGGCCAAGGAUCCUUGGGAUGAGCCAUCGAAACCUAAAAACGUGGAACUCACUGACUGGGACAAGGAUCACGCAGACCUUAAGUGGCAGAAACCUGAGAACGAUGGCGGUGCUCCCAUCACUGGCUACGUCAUUGAGUAUAAGGAGAAAUUCGGCAAAGACUGGGUAACCGGUAAGGAGGUGUCCGGCGAUUGCUUAGCUGCCACGCAGGAUGGAUUGAAGGAAGGUUGCACCUACGAAUUCAGGGUCCGAGCGAUCAACAAAGCCGGCCCCGGUGAACCAAGUGACGCUACCAAACCCAUCAUUGCUAAAUGCCGAUUUGUCAAACCUUAUAUUAUCGGUGAGGGUCUUCAGAACAUGAUCAUCAAGAAGGGACAGGUGAUAAGUUUCGAUAUUAAAUACGGCGGUGAACCUGAACCGGAGGUUAAAUGGAUGAAGGGAGAAGAGAAACGCGGCAAGCCGUACACGGAGAAGGAAAUUCGGGACGAUGGAGACCGUAUCACCAUUGACAAGUACGAAAGGAACACGGUCCUCACGGUCAGAAAGACCACCAGACCAGACAGUGGCAAAUACAAAUUGGUAUUGACCAACUCUUCGGGAACAUGCGAGAGUAUUGCUGAUGUUGUCGUGCUUGACAAACCGAACAGGCCUAACGGUCCAAUUGAGGUGGUUGACAUUCGUGCCGAGAAAGCAACUGUCAAAUGGCAGAAACCUGAUGACUGGCAAGGGUCCGACAUCACCGGAUACACUCUUGAGAAAAUGGAUAUGGAUACUGGAAACUGGGUACCUUGUGGUGAGACUGGACCUGAACCAACAGAAUUCACAGUGAAGGGUCUCACACCUAACCAUAAGUACAAAUUUAGAGUCCGUGCAGUCAAUAAGGAAGGAGAAUCUGAACCUCUAGAAACUGACGGAUUCAUUGUCGCCAAAAAUCCGUAUGACCCACCAAAGGCGCCUGGAAAGCCGACGAUCGUCGAUUACGACAAUAUGUCUGUAACUUUACAAUGGGAACCUCCAAGCGACAACGGCGGCAGACCCGUAUUGGGAUACGUAGUAGAAAUGAAGGAUAAAUUUGCUCCUGAUUGGAUUGAGGUUGUCAAGACGAAUGAUACAAAGACCGAAUACAAGGUAGAAGGUCUCAAAGAAAAGAUGGUUUACCAGUUCCGUGUCAAAGCUUACAACAAAGCUGGAGUUGGUGACGCUUCAGAGCCCACUGACAACCAUCUAUGUAAACAUAAGAACCUCAAGCCACGCAUCGAGCGCAGUACAUUCAAGUCUGUUAUCAUCAAGGCUGGUCGUACUCACAAAUGGUCUGUGGAUGUCAUUGGUGAACCUCCACCAGAGACCACCUGGUCUUGGCGGGACAACAUUAAGCUGGUGAACACAGAACGCAUCAAGAUUGAGAAUCGCGAUUACCACACUGAUUUCACGAUCGUGAACGCAGUGCGCCGCGACACCGGCAAGUACACGCUCCGCGCCGAGAACUGCAACGGCUCCGACGAGGAGACAGUCGAGCUCACCGUCCUCAGCAAGCCGAGCUCGCCCAAAGGACCUUUGGAGGUUACGGAUAUCCACGCCGAAGGCUGCAAGGUCAAAUGGGAGAAGCCGGAAGACGACGGUGGCUCGCCGGUCAAGGAGUACGAAAUCGAGAAAAUGGAUCUCGCUACCGGCAAAUGGGUCAGAGUCGGAAGAGUCGCCGGCGACAAGAAGCCUCUGGAAAUGGACAUCACUGGCCUGGAACCAGGUCACCAGUACAAGUUCAGGGUUACUGCUGUCAAUGACGAAGGCGACUCUGAGCCCCUGGAAGCCGAGCGGGCUAUACUCGCUAAGAAUCCGUUCGAUGUGUCCGAGAAGCCGAUGAACGUGGAAGUCGCCGACCACGACAACCAGAGCGCCGAGAUCAAAUGGGAGCCGCCCAAGUCCGACGGCGGAGCCCCAGUGCAGAAGUACAUCAUACAGAAGAAGCCCAAGGGCGGAGACUGGGAGAACGCUGUUGAGGUUCCUGGUACGCAGACGUCAGGAAAAGUGGAGGGUCUACCCGAGGGCAGCGAAUUCCAGUUCCGCGUGAUCGCUGUCAACAAGGCCGGACAGUCUGAGCCUUCAGAGCCCACCAAGAUGACCACCAUUCGGCACAAGGCCUUGAAACCGCGCAUCGACCGCACCAACCUGAAAGCUUUGGCCGUGAAGGCGGGCAAGCCUAUAUUCUUCGACGUGAAUGUUAGGGGAGAACCAGCGCCAAAGGUGCAAUGGUUCCAGAAGUGGAAGAACGAAGAGAAAGAGGUCACGGCCAACGUUAUAAACGUGGACUACAACACGAAACUGGACAUCAAGGAGUCGGUCCGCGCCAUGACCGGCACGUACCGCAUCGUGGCGACCAACGAGCACGGCAAGGACGAGGCCGAGGUGGAGAUCACGGUGCUGUCCUCGCCCAGCAAGCCCGGCGGCCCGCUCAAGGUCUCCGACGUUACCAAGAACGGCUGCAAACUGCAGUGGAAGAAGCCGGAAGAUGACGGCGGCAAACCUGUCACCGGCUACAUGGUCGAGAAGCUCAACAAAGCGACAGGCCGAUGGGUGCCGGUCGGCAAGACCGACGACACGGAGAUGGACAUCAAGGGUCUCCAGGAGGGCGAGGAGUACGAGUUCAGGGUCAAAGCGAUCAACGACGAGGGAGAAUCUGAACCGCUCAAGACCGACCAUUCGAUCAUCGCUAAGAAUCCUUAUGACAUACCUGGAAAGCCUUCGGUGCCGACACUCGAGGACUGGGACGUGGAUCGCGUGGACCUCAAAUGGGAGGCGCCGAAGAACAACGGCGGAGCUCCCAUCACCGGUUACAUCAUUGAGAAGAAAGAGAAAUACGGGCAGUGGCAGGAAGCUCUAGUCACAACGACGCCAGAAUGCAAGGCCCGCGUUCCGGAUCUGAAGGAAGGCAACGUCUACCAGUUCCGGGUUCGAGCCGUGAACAAGGCGGGCCCCGGCGAGCCCGGCGACGCCACGCAGCCGCACACCGCCAAGGCGCGCUUCUUGAAGCCUCACAUCAACCGCGACAAGAUGGUGGCCAUCCGGGUCCGCGCCGGCGCCACCAUUAAACUAGACGUCGACAUCAGAGGGGAACCGCCUCCGACCAAGACUUGGACUUUCGCUAAGAAGGUCCUGGAAACCGGAGCCGGCAUCAAGAUCGAGAACGAAGACUACAACACUAAAAUGCAGAUAUUCGACUCCUCGUGGAAGAACAGUGGCAUCUACACCCUGAAAGCGGAGAACGAUUCGGGCGUCGACGAAGCCACAGUCGAGGUCACCGUCUUAGACAAACCUGGCAAGCCCGAAGGUCCGCUGGAGGUGUCCGACGUCCACGCCGAGCACGUGAAGCUGAGCUGGAACAAGCCCAAGCACACGGGAGGGCUGCCGCUCAGCGCCUACGUGGUCGAGAAGAUGGACACCCUCACCGGGAAGUGGGUGCCGGCCGGUACCGUGCAGCCCGACACCACCGAGGCCACGGUUACAGGCCUCGAACCCGGUCACACGUACCAGUUCCGCGUGAAGGCUGUGAACGAGGAGGGAGAGUCGGAGCCGCUGGAGACCGACCACGGCGUGCUCGCCAAGAACCCGUACGACGUGCCCGCGCCGCCCGGCCUGCCGGACAUCGUCGACUGGGACGAGAAGUCCGUCAAGCUCAAGUGGGAGCCGCCCAUCCGGGACAACGGGGCGCCCAUCACCGGCUACAUCAUCGAGCUCAUGGACAGAGACAGGGGCGAGUUCGUUAAGGCCGCCGAAAUCCACGACAACGUCUGCCAGGGUACAGUACCCAAGCUGGAAGAGGGCAACCAGUACCAGUUCAGAGUACGAGCCCUCAACAAGGCGGGACAGUCUGAACCCUCAGAGAAUACUAACUGGCACACGGCUAAGCCUAGAUUCUUGAAGCCGCGCAUCGACCGCACGAACCUGGGCGCGGUGACGGUGAAGGCGGGCCUGCCCGUGUCGCUCGACGUCAAGGUCUUCGGGGAACCCCCGGCUACCGUCACUUGGCACUACAAGGGCGAAGAGUUAAAGAACAGGGAAAACCUCGAGAUAAUAAAUGUGGACUACAACACGAAGUUCCUGAUGACGAAGAGCAAGCGCGCCAACAGCGGCGUUUACGUCAUCAAGGCGAAAAACGAAGUGGGAGAGGACGAGGCUGAAGUCGAAAUCACUGUGCUGGGUAAACCAUCCAAGCCUAAAGGACCACUUGACGUGUCCGAUAUCACGAAGAACGGCUGCACGUUGACGUGGAAGAAGCCGGAAGACGACGGCGGCUCUCCCAUUGAGUACUACGAGAUCGAGAAACUCGAUCCGCUCACUGGACAAUGGAUUCCGUGCGGUACAGCCAAAGACACGAAGGCCAACAUCGCGGGCUUGCAGGAAGGUAAACCUUACAAGUUCCGAGUUAAGGCCGUGAAUAAGGAAGGCGAAUCCGAGGAACUCGAAACCGAGAAACCGAUUAUCGCCAAGAAUCCCUUCGACGAGCCCGGCAAGCCUGGACGUCCCGAGCCCAGGAACUGGGACAAGGACUUUGUGGAACUCGAAUGGUCCGCGCCCAAGGACGACGGAGGCGCCCCCAUCACCGGCUACAUCGUGCAGAAACGAGAGAAGGGGGGCAGAUCCUGGCAGGACUGUCUCAAGACGACCGGCGACAGGCCCACGGGCCGCGUCACCGACGUCGAAGAGGGACACGAAUACGAGUUCAGGGUUAUCGCUCUCAACAAAGCUGGUCCUUCAGAACCUUCAGAGCCUAGCAAGUCUGUUAUUGCUAAGCCUAGAUUCCUGAAACCGCACAUCGACCGUAAGAAUCUUCAAAAGAAGAAGAUCAAGGUCGGCCAGCCCCUCAAGAUGGAAGCCGAUGUCAAAGGCGAACCAGAACCGACAAUCACUUGGACAUUCAACGAUCAGACCCUCAAGACGGCAGAUCGCGUGACCAUCGAGAACAAGGACUAUCACACUUCGUUCAUCAAACAGAAGAUGGUCAGGACGGACGCCGGAAAGUAUGUCGUCACAGCCAAGAACGAUUCGGGAACUGACACCGUGGAAGUGGAGGUCGAGGUCGUCAGCAAACCCUCGAAGCCGAAGGGACCGUUGAAGGUGUCGGACGUGAAGGCCGACGGCUGCAAGCUGAAGUGGGAGCCGCCGGAAGACGACGGCGGCGAGCCCAUCGAGAGCUACGUCGUGGAGCGCAUGGACACGGACUCCGGACGAUGGGUCCCUGUCUGCACCACCAAGACCCCAGAGGCUGACGUCACCGGCCUCAAUGAAGGCAAAGACUAUAUGUUCAGGGUGAAAGCGGUCAACCCUGAGGGCGAGAGCGAGCCGCUCGUCACCGAGUCCGCCACCACAGCCAAGAACCCAUAUGGCGAGCCCGACGCUCCCGGCAAGCCCGAAUUCAAGGACUGGAGCAAGGAGCACGUGGACCUCAAAUGGGAGAAGCCGACCAACGAUGGCGGGGCUCCCAUCACCGCAUACAUCGUCGAGAAGAAGGACAGGGACACCGGCAAAUGGGUUAAGGCGGUCGAGGUGCCGGGCAACAAGACGGAGGCCCGGGUGCCGGACCUCAUUGAGGGCAAGCAGUACCAGUUCCGUGUGAAGGCCGUGAACAAGGCCGGGCCCGGGAAACCUUCUGCCGCCACUGAUAACCUCCUGAUCAAGGACAGAUUCGCUCCGCCGAAGAUCGACCGCACCAACAUGCGCGACAUCACCAUCAAGGCCGGGCAGCACAUUAGGCUGGACGUCAAGGUCAGCGGAGAGCCGCCGCCGACCAAGACUUGGUUCCACAACAAGGAGAGGUUGUCUUCAAGGGACGACCUUUCAGUGGACGUGGAGGAUUACAAGACGAAGCUCUCUGUGGUGAUAGCUUCCCGCAAGCACAGCGGAAGCUACACGCUCAAGGCGGAGAACAGCAGCGGCAAGGACGAGGCCACCAUCCAAGUUCACGUUUUGGAUGUCCCCGCUAAGCCCGAGGGACCGCUGAAGAUAUCGGACGUGCACAAGGAAGGUUGCACGCUGAAGUGGAGUCCUCCGCUGGACGACGGCGGCGCGCCCAUCGACCACUACCUCGUCGAGAAGCUGGACACGGAGACCGGGCGCUGGAUGCCGGCCGCCAAGACCAAGGACCCCAAGGCCGAGCUGGAGAACCUCGUCCCCGGACACGAGUACAAGUUCAGAGUGUCCGCCGUCAACAACGAGGGGCAGUCCGAGCCGCUGGAGGCAGAACAUUCGAUCAUCGCUAAAAAUCCGUUUGACGAGCCCGGCAAGCCCGGCACACCUGAGGUGGUGGACUGGGACAAGGACCACGUGGACCUCAAAUGGGAGAAGCCGGUCAAGGACGGCGGAGCUCCCAUCACCGGGUACAUCAUCGAGAAACGCGAAGUCGGCUCGCCUAAGUGGGUGAAGGCUUGCGAGGUCGGACCUAACGACAACGACAAGGCCACAGUGCCGAACCUGGACGAAGGUACGGAGUACGAGUUCCGUGUCCGUGCGGUCAACGAGGCCGGCCCGGGCGAGCCCAGCGACGCCAGCAAGAGCGUCGUCUGCAAGCCCAGGAGACUGCCCCCAAAGAUCGAUCGUCGCAACCUUCGUACCAUCAAGGUCCGCGAGGGCGAGCCCAUCGCGCUGGACGUGAAGGUCUCCGGCGAGCCCGCCCCCGAGGUCACGUGGACCCUCAACGGAAAGUCCGUCCUCAGUGGAAACGGACUCAAACUGGUGAACGUGCCGUACAUAAGCAAGUAUCAGCACGCGAGUCCGCGCCGCAAGGACUCCGGCACGUACAAGAUACAGGCCACCAACAAGUACGGGCAGGACACCGCCGAGCUCGAGAUCAUUGUCACAUCGAAACCCGACAAGCCGGAGGGGCCGCUCGAAGUGUCGGACGUGCACAAGGACGGCUGCACGCUCAAGUGGAAGCGGCCCAAGGACGACGGAGGCGAGCCCAUCGACUCCUACCUCGUCGAGAAGUACGACACCGAGACCGGCGUGUGGCUGCCCGUGGGCAACACCAUCGGCAACGUGCCCGAGAUGGAAGUCGAGGGUCUAACGCCGGGCCACGAGUACAAGUUCCGCGUGAAGGCGAUCAAUAAGGAGGGUGAAUCGGAGCCUCUAGAUACGUACGGAGCUAUUGUCGCUAAGGAUCCCUACACCGUACCAGACGCGCCUUCAGCUCCCGUCCCAGACGACUGGUCGGCCAACCACGUGGACCUCAAAUGGGAGGCGCCGCUAUCAGACGGAGGAUCGCCCAUUAUCGGCUACAUCGUCGAGAAGAAAGACAAAUACAGUCCGCUGUGGGAGAAGGCGGUGGAGACCCACACGCCCACACCCACUGCUACUGUAAAUGGGCUGAUCGAAGGCAACGAGUACCAGUUCCGUGUGAUCGCUAUCAACAAGGCUGGUCAGAGCAAACCCUCGGACUCUUCUAAGAACUUCGUGGCGAAGGCUCGCUUCCUGGCUCCGAAGAUCGACAGGAGACACCUCCGUGACGUCACUCUGUCCGCCGGAGCUACACUCAAGCUGGAGGCCGCCGUCGCAGGAGAACCAGCUCCAGCUGUUGAAUGGAGAUACCAAAAUAUGCCUCUGCGGCCAUCGAAGGCGGUGAGCAUCGACAACCCGGAGUACUUCACGAAGCUGGUGGUGCGGCCGGUGCGGCGCGACGACACCGGCGAGUACACCGUCACCGCGGUCAACUCCAGCGGGAAAGACGCCGUCACCAUCAACGUCACCGUCACCGACAAGCCCACCAAGCCCGAGGGACCGAUACAGAUCUCGGAUGUCCACAAAGAGGGAGCUACACUCAAAUGGAAGAGGCCCAAGGACGACGGCGGCACUCCCAUCGAGUACUACCAGAUCGACAAGCUCGACACCGACACCGGCUGCUGGGUGCCCUGUGCUAGAUCUGAGGAGCCUAAAUGCGACGUCACCGGCUUGACUCCUGGCAAGGAGUACAAGUUCCGCGUGUCUGCCGUCAAUGCUGAGGGCGAAUCUGAACCGCUGGUGACAGACCACGCCAUCGUCGCCAAGAAUCCGUUCGACGAACCUGGCGCACCCGGAACGCCAACCGUUACCGACUGGGACAAGGACCACGUGGACCUCAAAUGGACCCCACCACGCGAAGACGGCGGCGCUCCUGUCGAAGCUUACAUCGUCGAGAAGAAGGACAAAUUUGGCAACUGGGAGAAGGCCGUCGAGGUACCGGCCAGCAAGACCUCCGCCACCGUGCCCGAUCUCAUCGAAGGACAGACCUACGAGUUUAGAGUACGUGCGGUGAACAAGGCCGGGCCAGGCGAGCCCAGCGAUAGCACUCAUCCUAUCGUCGCCAAGCCCAGGAACAUGGCGCCCAAGAUCGACAGGACCAACCUUAUCGAUAUUAAGAUCAAAGUCGGACAGAAAUUCGGAUUUGAUGUUAAGGUAUCCGGAGAACCGAUGCCUGUAACGAAAUGGUACCUGGCGAAGAAGGAAGUGAAGUCCGGCGGCGACAUGAAGGUGCAGCACGCGGACUACAACACGAAGCUGAGCUGCAAGGCGGCCACGCGCGCCGACAGCGGCCGCUACACCGUCACCGCGGAGAACAGCAACGGGAAGGACGUGGCCGAGGUCGAGGUCGUCGUGCUCAGCGUGCCCGCGCCACCCGGUGGACCACUUAAGGUAUCGGACGUACACGCGAACGGCGCCACGUUGUCGUGGAGGCCGCCGCCCGACGACGGCGGACAGCCCAUCGACAAGUACGUGGUGGAGCGCAUGGACGAGGCCACGGGGCGCUGGGUCACGGCCGGCGAGACCGACGGGCCCGUCACCAGCCUCGCCGUCGACGGCCUGCAGCCCGGGCACAAGUACAAGUUCCGGGUCAGCGCUGUCAACAGGCAAGGCCGUUCCGACCCCCUUACGACCCCGCACUCCACGGAAGCCAAGAAUCCGUUCGACGUGGCUGGCAAACCUGGCACACCGAAGAUCAAGGACUUCGACAAAGACUUUGUGGAACUGGAAUGGACCAGACCGCAAACCGAUGGAGGGGCUCCCAUCACUGGAUACGUCAUUGAGAAGAAGGAUCGAUUCGCGCCCGACUGGGAAGAAUGCGCAAAGAUCGACGGUGAUGUUACAUCUGGCAAAGUCCCGGACCUCAUUGAAGGCAAUACAUAUGAAUUCCGUGUUCGUGCCGUCAACAAGGCCGGCAAGGGUGAGCCUAGUGACGGCACCGCUCCACACCUGGCCCGUCCCAAGAACCUGCCGCCCAAGAUCGACAGGAACUUCAUGUUCGACAUCAAAGUUAAGGUCGGACAGAACUUCGACCUCGAGGUGCCGGUCGCCGGCGAACCCACUCCGACCAAGGAGUGGCUCCACGGUGACAACGUUGUCCUCAACACCGACAGAAUCAAGAUCGUCAAUGACGACCACAGCACGAAGUUCCGCGUCAUCGAUGCCAAGCGAGCGGACACCGGCACGUACACGCUCAAAGCGAGAAACAUCAACGGUACCGACACCGCUACCGUCAAGGUGCUGGUCAUGGACGUGCCCACCGCUCCCGAGGGACCGCUGCGUGCCGACGACAUCACUAAAUCUGGAUGCACGCUGCGCUGGAGACCACCCAAGGACGACGGUGGUGCCGAAAUCACACACUACGUCGUCGAGAAAAUGGACCAGGAGAACUUGCGCUGGAUCCCUGCCGGCGAGGUACAGGGCUGCAACAUCAGGAUAGAUCAUCUCAUCGAAGGACACGACUACAACUUCAGAGUCCGCGCCGUCAACAAACAUGGCGAGUCUCAACCUCUUGUUGGACACGAGCCCAUCACUGCCAAAGAUCCUUAUGGUACCCCCGACAAGCCCGGAACACCUGUCGUCAAAGACUGGGACAAAGAUCACAUGGACCUGGAAUGGGUGCCACCAAAGAAGGACGGAGGUUCACCCAUUACUGGCUACAUUAUAGAAGCGAAGAAGAAGUAUGGACCUUGGGAAGUGGCGGCCACCGUGCCAGGAAAUCAAACCACCGCUACAGUACCUGGCUUACAAGAAGGCGAGGAAUACGAGUUCAGAGUAAUCGCUGUUAAUAAGGCCGGCAAUGGAGAACCUAGCGAUGGGUCCACUCCACAAGUCGCUAAGGCCAGGUUCUGUGCCCCACACUUCGAUAAGAUGUUACUCGCAGAUAAGACAGUUAAGGCGGGACAGAGGAUUCAAUACGAGAUCCCUAUCGAAGCUUCGCCUAAACCUACUGUCGAGUGGCAGAUCAACGGCAAAGUCGUCCAUCCUUCGGACAGGGUCGACAUACAACUGCUGCACAACAGGGUCAUACUGGACAUUCCAUUCUCCGUCCGCAGCGACGGAGGCGUUUAUAAACUGACCCUCAAGAACGACCUCGGAGUCUGCUCGGCAACUGCGCAAGUCACAGUGCUGGACAAACCCUCGAGACCGGAGAAGCCGUUGACCGUUUCCGAUAUCACGAAAGACUCUUGCUCGUUAUCGUGGAGAGUGCCUCUGGACGACGGAGGUUCGCCGAUCUUACAUUACGUCAUAGAAAAGAUGGACCUGACCCGCGGCACUUGGUCGGACGCUGGAAUGAGCACAUUCCUGUCGCACCAGGUCACUAGAUUAAUUCACAAGAAAGAGUAUUUGUUCAGAGUGAGCGCCGUGAAUGCCAUCGGACAAUCUGAACCUCUUGAACUGGAGAGAGCUAUCGUCGCCAAGAACGAAUUCGACGAGCCCACCGCGCCUGGCAAACCUGAAGCCACAGACUGGAGCAAGAAUCACGUCGACCUACAAUGGGCUGCGCCUAAAUCGGACGGAGGAUCGCCGAUUACCGGCUACAUCAUUCAGAAGAAAGAAAAGGGAAGCCCGUACUGGGUGAACGCUGUGCAUGUACCACCCAGCAAGACCAAAGCCACCGUGCCCGACUUAACCGAGGGUCAAGAUUACGAGUUCAGAGUGAUCGCCGUCAAUCAAGCCGGUCAGUCCGAGCCUAGCGAGCCCUCUGACGUCAUCACCGCCAAGGACAGGUUCGUCGCACCCAAGAUCCUUACUCCCCUCAAGGAGAUCCGCAUCAAGGCCGGUCUUAUCUUCCACUUCGACGUGGACUUUAUCGGGGAACCUACUCCCGAGGUCACAUGGACGUGUGACGGUAAACCUGUUGUAACUAACGAAAGAACGACGGUUACGUCUGUCGGCCAUCACACCAUUAUCCACACGGUUAACUGCAAACGCUCCGAGGCUGGUACAUACCAUCUCAAAUUGAAGAACGAUUCCGGCACCGAUGAAGGCUCCUUCGAAUUGAUAGUGCUCGAUGUGCCGGGAGCUCCCCAGCCUCCGUUCACUUACGAGGAAAUCACAGCACAAUCGGUUACUUUGUCAUGGAAACCUCCCAAAGAUAAUGGCGGCAGUGAACUCACAGCCUACGUCAUUGAGAAACGUGACCUCAGUCACGGCGGCGGCUGGGUGCCGGCGGUAACGUACGUCAACCCGAAGUACAACCACGCUACUGUCCCCAGGCUCUCGGAGGGCACACAGUACGAGUUCAGAGUAUUCGCUGAGAACUUGCAAGGACGCUCCGAACCUUUGGUCACAGAUAAGCCUAUUGUCGCCAAAAACCAGUACACGGUGCCUGGUAAACCCGGGAAACCUGAGCUCGUCUCUGCAGACAAAGACCACAUCAAGGUCAGAUGGUCUUCGCCUAUUUCGAACGGUGGAUCUAACAUUCUCGGCUAUGAUGUUGAAAGGAGAGACAAGGCCACUGGCCGCUGGAUCAAACUGAACAAGGAACCCGUGAGGUUCAAUGAAUACCAAGACGAUAGAGUGCAAGAAGGUCACCAGUAUGAGUACAGAGUGUCCGCCGUUAAUGCAGCAGGACCUGGACAACCUUCUGACGAAUCUAACGUGUUCAUCGCGAAGCCCAUGAAGGAGAAACCCAAACUCUGGCUUGAUCACCUGAUCGGCAAGAAGAUCAAGGUUCGCGCCGGUGAACCAAUCAACAUUAACAUUCCAAUCACCGGCGCUCCCACGCCGACCAUCUCGUGGACUAAGGGCUCCGUUCCUCUUGUGCCAUCGCACAGAUUAUCAGCUGAAACCAAGAACGAUGAGACUAAACUGUCUAUCGAGAAAUCAACAAGAGAAGACGCCGGAAAAUACACAAUUUCCGCGUCUAACGCACACGGCAAUGAUUCAGCGGACAUCGAAGUCAUCGUCGUAGAUAAACCGGGAGUACCGAAAGGUCCUCUCAUGUGCAACCCCGUUACGCACGACGCCAUCAGCCUCACGUGGCAGCCUCCCACCGACGACGGCGGCAGCGAGAUCACCGGCUACGUCGUUGAAGUCGCCGAAUUUGGUGUCAACGAUUGGCGCACCGUGGCCGGAUUCUGCCCUAAAUGUUCGUUCACUGUGAAGAACUUAACCGAAGGCAAGAAGUACGUAUUCAGAGUGCGCGCCGAGAAUCUGUACGGCCUCUCCGAUCCUCUGGAGAGCAAACCGAUCAUUGCCAAGUCGCCGUUCGAUCCGCCCGACGCGCCGGACACGCCGAAGGUCACCGGGUACAGCUCCAACAGCUGCGCACUGGAAUGGCACCCGCCCGCGAACUGUGGCGGCAAGCCUGUCACCGGAUACUAUGUCGAGAAGAGGGAACGCGGUGGGGACUGGGUAAAGGUCAACAACUACCCCACUCCCAAUACGUGCUAUACCGUUUCGGACUUGCGGGAAGGAAACAAGUAUGAGUUCCGUGUGAUCGCCGUCAACGAGGCUGGACCCGGGAAACCGAGCAAGCCUACCGAGCCGAUCACUGCUCAAACACAGCGACUCAAGCCUAGCGCUCCUGAAGCGCCGAAACCGGACAGAAUCACUAAAGAUUCCGUCACUUUAUCCUGGAGACCACCUAAAAGCGACGGUGGAGCUAAGAUUAAGGGCUACAUCGUACAGCAAAAGGGCAAGGGUGACAAAGACUGGAAGGACGUCAAUGACGUACCUAUUCCAAGCCUCGUACAUACUGUACCGAAACUCAAGGAAGGCGAAGAAUACCAGUUCAGGGUUAUCGCCGUUAACGAAGUCGGUAAAUCGGAGCCAAGUAAACCUACCGCUGACAUUACUAUCGCCGAACAACCAAACAAGCCUUGCAUGGACCUGGGCGGCGUCAGAGACAUCACGGUGCGCGCCGGAGAAGACUUCUCCAUUCACGUGCCGUACACUGGGUUCCCGCAGCCGACCGCGCAAUGGUUCGCUGACGACAACCUGCUCGAUGUCGAAGGCGACUCGAGAAUUUUCCAAAAGAUUACGCCCGAUUCGGCAUCUCUGGUCGUCAAGAACGCUAAGAGAUCCGACGGAGGACAAUACCGCCUGCAGCUGCGUAAUCCCUCUGGAUAUGACACAGCCACGAUCAACGUCAGAGUGCUGGAUCGACCCGGAAAACCGGAGAACUUGCGCGCUGACGAAUUCGAAGGCGAAGCUCUCACGCUGUACUGGAACCCACCGAAAGAGAACGGCGGCGGUGAAAUUACCAACUACGUCGUCGAGAAACGCGAGGCGCGCACGCCGAACUGGACCAAGGUGUCCGGCUACGUCACGACUCCGUUCCUGCGCGUCAAAAACCUGACUGUCGGGAAGAGCUACGAGUUCAGAGUUAUGGCCGAAAACCAGUACGGACAGUCGGACCCGGCGCAAACAACUGAACCGAUCAGGGCCAGACAUCCGUUCGACCCGCCCGGCCCGCCCGGCGUGCCGAAGUCGGUUGAAACCAGCGAAACUUCUAUCACCAUUACUUGGACCAAACCACGCCACGACGGUGGCUCUCCUAUCACUGGUUACAUAGUAGAGAAGCGACUCAUCACGGAGGAUAAGUGGACCAAGGCAUGCCACGCGCACGUGCCCGACACGACGCUGAAGGUUACCGGUUUGAUCGAGAACCACGAGUACGAGUUCCGUGUGUCCGCUGUGAACGCGGCGGGCCAGGGUCCCUGGUCGCAGAGCUCGGACGCCAUCCGCGCUCGGGCGCCGCCCAACUCGCCGCGCAUCACCAGCGACCUCAGCCUCAGGGACAUCACUGUCAUCGCCGGGGAGGAGAUCAAGAUCACCGUGCCCUUCACUGGCAACCCAAGACCUAAGGUGUCAUGGAUAGUGAACAACGACGAAGUAUUCCCGGACAACCGUAUCCGCUUCGUGACCACGGACAUCGACACAGUGUUCUACAACUCAUGCGCCAAGCGUACCGACACCGGCUCCUACACUAUUCAACUGGUCAACAGCGAGGGCUCGGACAGCGCCACUUGCAGGGUACUCGUAGUUGACAAACCGACCCCGCCCGUGGGACCGCUGGACGCGUACGACAUCACGCCCGACACGUGCACGUUGUCAUGGAAACCGCCACUAGACGACGGCGGCUCUCCCAUCACCAACUACGUCGUCGAGAAGAUGGACAAUAACGGAAUCUGGACAAAGAUAUCAUCGUUCGUUCGCAACUGUCACUACAACGUCAUGGGCCUGGAACCGAACAGGAAAUACUUGUUCAGGGUACGCGCCGAAAAUCAAUAUGGCGUAUCGGAACCUUUGACAAUGGACGACUCUAUUACGGCCAAGUUCCCGUUCACGAUUCCCGAGCCGCCGGGAGCGCCGCGCGUCACGGACUGGGACGGCUCCACGGCGACCGUGCUGUGGGACCGGCCGCGCUCGGACGGCGGCUCCCGCAUCCAGGGCUACAAGAUCGAGUACAGGGACGUGCAGGACGGCGUCUGGAACAGCGCUGACUAUCUCGUUAAGGAUUGUAAUUACCAGGCGUACAACUUGGAGCCGGGCCACGAGUACGAGUUCCGCGUGCGCGCCAAGAACGCGGCCGGCUUCAGCAAGUACUCGGGCUCGUCGCAGCGGUUCCGCGUGCGGGCGCGCUGCGGGCCCCCCGCGCCCCCCACCGCGCCGCGCGUGCUGCGCGUCGGCAGGAACUACGUCGACCUCAGCUGGGACCCGCCCAAGCACGACGGAGGUUCUCGCGUGACCGGCUACGUGAUCGAGCGGCGCGACGUGGGCAGCUCGGUGUGGGUCAAGUGCAACGACUACAACGUGCAAGACACGACCUUCACCGCGCUCAACCUCAACGAGAAGGCGGACUACGAGUUCCGCAUCAUCGCCGUCAACGCGGCGGGUAAAUCCGAGCCUUCUUCGUGCACGACUCCCGUACGUACCGGCGAAGAGAUCGGAGGAACGAAGCCGGAGUGGGUGAAACAGCUGCCGGCCAUCAUGAGCGCCCCGCUCGGCCGCCCCUACACCCUGGAGUGCGUGGCGAGCGGGAACCCCGUGCCCACGGGCAGAUGGCUCAAGAACGGCAGAGAAAUCGUUCUUGGUACCAGGUUCAUAUCAGAGUCUCGUGAGGGUACACUGAAGCUCAAUAUCCUGGAGGCCGCGGACGCCGACGAGGGUGACUACACUUGUGAGGCGGUUAAUAACAUUGGCUUCAUCUACUGUACUGGUCACCUUAAGAUUGGAAGUCCACCACGCAUCACCCGAAUGCCUGGCGACCUUCACCUCCCCGAACACGACAACACCAAGAUCAAGAUCCUGUACACGGGAGACCAGCCCGCUGACGUCACGCUGUCCCGGGACGGACACAAUCUCAAGGAGUCGCCGCAUCUCAAGUUCACCGUAUUCGAUGAUUACAUACUUAUAUUCAUCAAGGACAUCACUAAGGACGAUAUGGGCAUAUACAAAGUAUCGAUAAAGAACAACUCUGGCGAGACGUCGGACACGUUCUCCGUGACGGUGACGGGGCUGCCCGGCCCGCCACAGGGACCCCUCGAAGCGUCCGACAUCUCCAAGCACUCCUGCACGCUGGCCUGGAAGCCUCCCACGUACGACGGAGGGAUGCCCGUCACUCACUACGUCAUCGAGCGUAACGACACCUCGGGAACGGCCUGGAUCACCAUCGCCUCGUCCGUCCGGGACACCAAGUUCAUUGUCCAGGGACUCACCGAAGGACACGAGUACAACUUUAGAAUUCACGCUGCGAACGAGAACGGUAUCGGACCAGCUCUGGAAGGCCUCAAUCCGAUUAAGGCUAAAGCACCAUACGAUCCGCCAUCUGCUCCUGGUAUUCCCAAGAUCCUGGAGGUCGGAGGCGACUUCGUCCACUUGGAAUGGGACAAACCAGAAAAUGAUGGAGGUGCUAGGAUUCUAGGCUACUGGGUCGACAAGCGCGAAGUGGGCACAUCGACGUGGCAGCGCGUGAACCCGACGCUGUGCCUGCCGAACCAGAUCAACUGCUCCAACCUCAUCGAGGGCCGCCAGUACGAGUUCCGCGUGGUCGCGCAGAACGAGGCCGGCGCGUCGCCGCCCAGCACCGCCAGCCAACAGGUCAAGGUCGUCGAUCCUAAAGCCGCCACGCCACCAGAGAUAGUGAAGCCACUGAAGAACGCCAACUGCAUCCAGUACCACAACGCCAAGUUCCAGUGCACCAUCACCGGGUCGCCCAGACCCACCAUCACUUGGUACAAGGGAGCUCGCGAGAUAACGAACGGACCGCGGUACCGCAUCUGGAGCGAGGGCGACAACUACUUCUUGACUGUCAACGACGUGUUCGGCGAGGACGCCGACGAAUACGUCUGCAGGGCCGUCAACAAGGCAGGAGUCAAGAGCACCAGAGCUGAACUACUUAUUAUGACCGCCCCGAAACUGAACGUGCCACCUCGGUUCCGCGUCACCGCCUACUUCGACAAGGGCGAGAACGUGGUCGUCAAGAUCCCCUUCACCGGACACCCCAUACCCAAGAUCACUUGGGUCAGGGAGGGAGAGACCAUCGAGUCUGGACUUCACUAUCACGUGGAGAGGAAAGAACGUCACGCCAUCCUGACCAUCCGCGACGCGAGCAAGAUCGACUCUGGUCCCUACAGGAUCACGGCAGAGAACGAGCUGGGGCAGGACACGGCCAUCAUCAACAUUGAGAUCAGCGAUCGGCCGGACCCACCGCGCUUCCCAGCGGUGGACAGCAUCGGCGUGGACUCGCUGGCGCUGAGCUGGCGCGCCCCGGUGUGGGACGGCGGCUCCGACAUCACCAACUACCUGGUCGAGAAGCGAGAGCACCCCAUGACCAGCUGGAUCAGGGUCGGGAAUACCAGGUUCACGACAAUGGCUAUAACCGGUCUGGUCCCGGGCAAGCAGUACGAGUUCAGGGUGUACGCUGAGAACAUAUACGGCCGGUCGGACCCCAGCGAGCCGACCUCGCUCGUGCAGACCAAGGCGAUCGUUAAAAAGGAACUCAAGAAGAAGGAAUACCCGGUGGACGAAUCAGGCAAACGCAUCCGCACGAACGCAGACCACGGCCCCGUCAAGGACUACGACAGCUACGUGUUCGACAUCUACAGCAAGUACGUGCCGCAGCCCGUGGACAUCAACACGUGCUCGGUUUACGACAAAUACGACAUACUAGAAGAGAUUGGUGACUUCGUGAAGGCGACCGGUAAAAGGAAUCGAAGCGGAGGCACAGGCGCGUUCGGCGUGGUGCACCGCUGCCGCGAGCGCGCCACCGGCAACAUCUUCGCGGCCAAGUUCAUCCCGGUCGCCGGGGCCAUGGAGAAGGAGCUCAUCAAGAAGGAAAUCGACAUCAUGAACCAGCUGCACCACAGGAAGCUGAUCAACUUGCACGACGCCUUCGAGGACGAUGACGAGAUGGUGCUCAUAUUCGAGUUCCUGUCCGGCGGCGAGUUGUUCGAGCGCAUUACGGAGCCCGGCUACAACAUGAGCGAGGCGGAGGCCGCGCACUACAUGAGGCAGAUCUGCGAGGGCGUGAGGCACAUGCACGAGCAGAACAUCAUACACCUCGACCUCAAGCCCGAGAACGUCAUGUGCCAGACCAGGACCGGAACCGACGUUAAGAUCAUCGACUUCGGAUUAGCGACGAAGCUGGACCCGAACGAAGUGGUGAAGAUCUCGACUGGAACCGCAGAGUUCGCCGCUCCGGAGAUCGUAGAGAGGGAACCGGUCGGCUUCUACACGGACAUGUGGGCCGUGGGAGUACUGGCCUAUGUGCUAUUAUCCGGACUGUCGCCAUUCGCCGGCAACAACGACAUUGACACGCUCAAGAACGUAAAGGCUUGCGACUGGGAGUUCGACGAGGAAGCCUUCCAGCACGUCUCCGACGACGCCAAGGACUUCAUCAGGAGGCUGCUCAUUAAGAACAAGGAAAAACGUAUGACCGCCCACGAGUGCCUGGUUCACAAGUGGCUGGCCGGCGACGCGGCCUCUAGUCGCACCGCCACCAUCGAGGCGAGGAGAUACGAAGCCAUGAGGAACAGGCUCCGGGAGAGAUACGAGAACUGGUCGUCAUUCAAGUUGCCGAUCGGCAGACUCAGCGAGUACAGCUCGCUCAGGAAACUCCUCAUCGAGAAGUGGAAGAUAUACGACGGACAGUUCGACCGUCGGCAGGCGGCGCCGCGCUUCGUGAUCAAGCCGCAGUCGGCGUUCUGCUACGAGGGCCAGUCCGUGAAGCUGUACUGCCGCAUCAUCGCGUGCGCCACGCCCACCGUCACCUGGUCCCGGAACAACCACGAGCUGCGCCAGUCCGUCAAGUUCAUGAAGAGAUACGCCGGCGACGAUUAUUACUUCAUCAUAAACCGCGUCAAGCUGGAGGAUCGCGGCGAGUACAUCAUCAGGGCGGAGAACCACUACGGCUUCAGGGAGGAAGUGGUAUUCCUGAAUGUGCAACCCGUGCCCAAAGUCCAGCGCACGCACGUGUCGGAGGCCCCGCGGCGCCGCGAGCCGCUGCCCUACACGUUCUGGCAGGAGACCAGCGAGACGGCGCCCGCCUUCACCUUCCAGCUGCGGCCGCGCGUCAUGCAGGCGCGCGACACCUGCAAGCUGCUGUGCUGCCUCAGCGGCAAGCCCACGCCCACCGUCAAGUGGUACAAGGACAAACGCGAGCUGUCGAAGUACGACUACGCGAUGGCGCACUCGGACGGCGUCGUGACCAUGGAGAUCAUAGACUGUCGGCCCGAGGACAGCGGCAAGUACACGUGCGUCGCCACCAACGUGCACGGCACCGACGAGACCUCGUGCGUCGUUAUCGUUGAAGGCGAGGUGACGUCACCCGAACAACAGCGGAUGGUGCACAACUUCUUACACUCGGGCGACCGGAGGUACAUCGAGAAGCCGCUGAAGCCCGCCCCGCCGCCCAUCAUCACCAAGACGAAGGUGACGAUAGACCCUCCAUCGAAGACGGGUCCUCGUCCGAAGUACUCCCCACAGAGCUCCGUGGACGCGAAGAAGAAAUACGGAUCCAGACUCGACUCGGACGCGUCGUCGCGGUCCAGAAGCGCCACCAAGGAAUUGAUAAUGCCGGCGGCGGACUCGUCGAUGUGCGCGCCGACGUUCGCCCGCAGCCUGCCCGCCACGCUGUGCGCGCGCGACGCGGCGCCGCUGCUGCUGUCGUGCGCCGUGCGCGGCGACCCCGAGCCCGCCGUGCGCUGGUACAAGGACGCGAGCCCGCUGCACUCCUCAGAGGUCGUGGACUUGAAAUACAAGAACGGCGUAGCGUCGUUGGCCAUCAACGAGGUGUUCCCUGAGGAUGAAGGGGUGUACUCCCUGAAGGCCACCAACAGCCAGGGAGAGGUGGAGACCAAAUGUAUAGUUACAGUUAAACCAAUGGACACGAGCGCCGGCAGCGCGGCACUGAAGGCCGGAGACAAGCCGCCGAGGAUAGUGGACCACGCCGUCUCGCAGGUCGUCAACGACGGCGACCCGGUCACGCUGUCCUGCAGGAUCGUGGGAGCCGAACGCUUCGAUGUCGUCUGGCUGCACAACAACAAGGAGAUCAAACCGUCCAAAGACUUCCAGUACUCGAGCGAGGCGAACAUACACAAGCUGCACAUCGCCGAAAUAUUCCCAGAGGAUGCCGGUACAUACACGUGCGAGGCGUUCAACGACGCCGGCGAGUCGUUCUCGUCGUGCUCGGUGGUGGUGCGCGUGCCGGGCGAGGCGCCCCCCGCCCCGCACUACGUGGCCUUCCCCGCCUCGCUCACCGUCAACGCAACCGAGCCCGCCGUCUUCACCGCAGAGCUGGACAAGCCACCGCUCCAGCUCCAGUGGCUGAAGGACGGCAAGCCGGUGGACGAGAGCUCGCCCCGGUACCGGUUCAGCAUGGAGGGCGAGGCGCGGUACCGCCUCGAGCUGGUGGGCGCCGCCCAGGGGGACGCCGGCCAGUACCAGGCCCGGGCCGUCGGCUCCAAGGGAGACGCGCUCGCAUCCUUCUAUCUCAACGUCACCGACCACUAGCCCAUGACAUUGACAACCACAUUGACAUUGACAGAAGCGAAACGACGCGACAAGCGAACACAGGCGACACCUAGUGAGCGCCCGUGUCGAAACACCCCCCUAUAUAAUAACUGGAAACGAAUAAUACGUACGCUAAAUAAACGAUUUUAUACAAUUCGGAGUAAAAGUGUGUAAAGGUUUUUUAUUUAAUUUAAAAAAAAAACAUAUUUAUUUUAAUGUUUAAGCGAUCGUCCCUAGCGACGCGGGGGCGAUUUAUUUAUUUUGUUUUAUAUACGUCCUCCUCUAACAGAAGCUUCUCAUUAAAAGCUUGAAUAAUUAAAGCUGCCACGUACGGAUCGCGGUCGGCCCGUUCCGGUUGUCCCGGCACAUCCUCACCGCCACCUGAUGGUGUACCGGGAUCGCCGCGACGAGCGACUCAUCGAACUAAACUAAAUAUAUAUAUAUAAAUAAAUAAUUUUUUUUUUAAUAAAUUUUAACUGUUAAUAUUUUAAUUGUACAUAAUUUAUAUCAUGUGACCGCGCGUUAUUUAUAAAUAAAUAUGUAUUACUUAAUAA